CACCCUAUCAUCUACGAGCGUUUAACCUUGAAAAGCCCACCCUCGGAGGAUCGUAAGAGGGAGUACGGAGCUUCGUUGCGUGUGAGAAUUAGCCACGCGCACGACGGAUUUCUCCUUGGCCGAGCGAGCAAGCGAGAUUGUCGCGAUCGCAAUUGAGUUUCGCGCCCUGUUUAUGUAAACUUUUUAAGCCUACCACUCGAGCAAAUGUAAUGAAGGUUAGGUAAGGAUGGUAGACCCGAUGGGAACGUGAGUUCGGGUCGCGCGCUACAUCCUUCUGCACGUAUAUCCCAACGCGAAUAUGUGCGCGGGUUGUAUUUGCAACGAGAAAACAUCCGCAGUGUCGAAUUACCGAGGCACAUACCAGCGAUCUCAUCAUUCUAAUUUUCUCGUUCCUUCUUUAACGAGCUCGUUUUAGCGCUCCUUGUCGAUCAUUCUCUCUUUAUCCAUCCUUUGUUUCUCGAGCUUGGAGUUUCGUUGGCUUACAAUGUAUCGUCUAAGCAAUCGUAAGUGAAAAUUAAUAUCGAGAGUCGGCGUCUGAUACACUCGGUAGCAGCGCGGUAACAGCCAGGAAACGUGGAGGAAAAAAAAUGGUCGUUACGGGCAAUUCGGUGCAUCGCACCCAAACCGCCACGAAGAAAAAUGUUCGGAUUUUACUGGUGGGUGACCGGGGAGUCGGUAAGACAUCCUUGAUAUUGUCACUGGUCAGUGACGAGUAUGCCGAUGAUGUGCCCAGUAAAGCUGAGGAGAUCACGAUUCCUGCUAACGUUACACCCGAACAAGUACCCACAAGAAUAGUAGAUUAUUCUGCUGUUGAGCAGACGGAGGACCAACUUUGCAAUGAAAUAUUAAAAGCACAUGUUAUUUGCGUUGUUUACUCUGUACAGGAUAAGGAAACGCUCGAUAAUGCAAAAACUUAUUGGUUACCCCUUAUUAGAAAAAAUAUUUCCAGUAACAGAUGCCCGGUUGUACUUGUAGGCAAUAAGAUCGAUAUUAUUGAUUAUUCGACGAUCGAGGAAGUUUAUCCAAUAAUGAAAGAAUUUUCAGAAAUUGAAAGUUGUAUCGAGUGUUCUGCGAAAACACUACAGAAUAUCUCUGAGAUGUUUUACUACGCACAGAAAGCUGUUUUACAUCCUACAACCCCGUUAUACAAUUACGACACACAGGAGCUAACCGACGAGUGUAAAACAGCAUUAAAACGGAUAUUUAAGAUUUGUGACGUUGAUAACGAUGGCUUGUUAAGCGAUGCGGAAUUAAAUGCAUUUCAACAAUGGUGUUUCAAUACCCCCUUACAACCGCAAGUACUAGAAGACGUCAAGGCUGUUUUAUCAAAAAAUAUUGAAGACGGAGUAUAUAAUGGCUGUGUUACAAUGAAAGGUUUUAUGUUUUUACAAUGCCUGUUCAUUCAAAGAGGAAGGAACGAAACAACAUGGGCUGUAUUACGAAAAUUUGGUUACGACAAUGAUCUACAAAUGGCUAAAGAAUAUAUCAAACCUCUACUUAAAGUUCCUUCUGGCUGCACAACUGAAUUAUCUCACAAAGGUCAGGAAUUUCUAACGCAACUUUUUAUAUUACACGAUCAAGACAAAGAUAAUGCUUUGUCUCCAUUGGAAUUAGAGUCAUUAUUUUCUAAGUGUCUCGCACCACCGUGGGAGGAUGAAUAUAAAUACACGGUUACUACUAAUGAACGGGGUUGGAUUACUUAUGAAGGAUACAUGUGUCAAUGGAGUCUAAUGACUUAUGUAAAUGUAAAGAAAACAUUAGAGUAUAUGGCUUAUUUAGGCUAUAAUUUAUAUAAUAAUGAAUGUGCAACUGCAGCAAUCACUGUUACUCGAGAGAAAAAACUCGAUCUUGCUAAAAAACAAUCUAGUCGCAAUGUUUAUUGUUGUCAUGUUAUUGGUGCAAAAAGUGCUGGAAAGACAACAUUAUGCAGAACGUUUAUUGAUCCUAAACUCGAGAAAUUGAACGACGAUACAAUUCAGCAUAAUUCAAACACAAUUGUAAAUACAGUUCAUGUAUAUGGACAAGAAAAAACUAUAAUUUUGAAAGAUAUUAAUAUUAUAAAUAUUCAAGAUGCCCUGACUCCUUCACAAAUUCACUGUGAUGUUUGUGCUCUCGUUUAUGAUGCUAGUAAUUCCAAAUCUUUUGAAUACAUUGCAAGGAUCUAUAUAAAAUAUUUUGCUGAAAGUAAGAUCCCGGUAUUAAUAAUAGCAAACAAAAAUGAUCUUGAGGAAGUAAAGCAAGAAUAUUUAUUUCAACCAUCAAGCUUUUGCAGCAAGUACAAAUUAAUGCCACCACAGCCUUAUAGUGUUUCACGUACAGUACGUCGUGAAAUUUUUGUAAAGCUGGCCACAAUGGCAGCCUUUCCCCGCUUUCAAGCAGCGUGGGUAUUGUUUUACAAGCACAGACAUAUGAAACAAUUUGGAUUGAUGCAAGGAGAUUCAAUCGUUUGGUGGAAGGCAGGAAUCGGCAUUGCCAUAGCAACAAUCGCUAGUUUCGUAGUCAUGCGAGUUCUAAAUUCUGAUAAAAGAUAGUCUACCAUUCCCUCGUAACUCUUUAUGGCAUCCGUUCUAAUUCAAUAAAGAUUCCUUACGAAAAGCGCGUUAAAUUAACAAAAUCUCUAAUAAACUGAAAUUUAUUUAAUCGCUUACAAAAACAAAAAAUUAAUAAAUAAAAAAAUUAAUAAUAAUAAAUGAAAAUAAAUCACUAUAACGUACCUAAGUAAACGAGAUAGAAAAAGUACAAUUGUAGAUAAGAGAUUUGACUUUAUUACAGAUUCUCUUAAAAAUUGUAUAAUUAUCGGUGAUACGAUUCUCCCCAUCGUUCUUUUGUACUCAUAUUACAUCUGCGAUAAAGUCAAAUGAUAUAAAUUACAAAUAUUCGAUAUUUUUUUAAAUGUAAUCUAUUUCGUUAUAUAAUUACAUCUCUGUCAAAUCAAAAAGGAUAUGUGGAUCUUUCAAUUUACUCGAACGACUCACCUUUAAAAAUGUCUACCUACAUCAUUGUAUUUAUUUAUAUUUUACUAACCUUUUAUGCUAUAGAUUUUUU